CUUCAAUCAAUUUUUAUUGUUAAUAACAAAAAUAAUGAUAGUAGUUAUAUCAAUAAUUUAAAUAAUAGUAAUAAUCAAGAUCCAGGCUAUAGAGAGAAAAUGAUGGAAUUUAAACCUGAAUUAGGAAUAAUAUCCUACAUUUCAGAUAGUGGUUACGAAAUAAAAUAUAGUAUAAUUAAACAUCUCUUUGCUUUGUCACAAAAUCUUUUUAAAAAUUAUUAA